UAUAAAUCAUCAGCCUCAUGUCCACGGUCCUUUCACCCUCAUUGAUCGCAAUGUCUUCAGGUCUCAGUUAUUUCUCACGAGCAUCCGGGAGCAGCGGCUCCUGCACACAUUCCAUCAGCAGUGAUGAUUCGUGGUCUCGCCACAGGUUAGCCCCAAUGCAAUAUUCUCCUUAUUUUGUUCCUGGUGAUGUCGUCGGGGGAAGCUCACCUUGUACAGUGGCAUCAUGCCCCAACAACCGUCCGUAUACGGGACUUCGGGCGAGGCGCCCGUGAUCUAUCAUCCAAGCGCUAGAAGGUUCUCCCCUCCGCAUAUUGAGCGUGGACCCAUAGAUACUCAGGCUCCUGUCAAGCCCAACAAACCAGUUUCGUCGGAAUUUGCUAUGCCAUACAGCGGACUUCCAGUGACCUCACAUGCACUGGGAACCAUUCCCGUGUCUGCAGGAGGUGCCUUGCCACGCCCCACAGCUCUGUACCCAGAGUGGGACCACCCUGCUCGCCUCCCAGCGGAGUCGCUUAGGCGUGAUUACGACCUAGUCAGACCCUACGAAACGUCGGAGUACCUGAUUGAAAGAAACAGUCGACGCGCAACGGAGAAGCCUAAAGGCGCUACUCGGUAUCACUCGCAGAGACGGCCGUCUAAUCGUGACGAGUUCGACGGACCCCAUCAGUUGCUAGACCCACCGUCACCGCGGGUCAUAGCAGCCCAAGGGAGGGAUUUGCCUCAUCUACCUACUAAUCUAGAUGUCUCAGAGCAAGAUCAAAUCCUCUCGUCAGUAAACGACCGACUGUCACAGUGUGCCUUUGACUUUGUUGCAAAGUAUCAAUUUCCGAUUCCACUGGAACCGGACAAGAGACCGGUGAGAGUUCCUUCUGACCGCGAGUGGACCGAGUGGGUAUAUCUCCUAAAGAGACUGGCGACCAAGCGUCGUAUCCCAGCCCGGGUGUUGUAUAAUGGCCAGAUCAAGCAAUUAGUGACCGUGCUGGAGAAUUCCCUGGAGAUGAGACAUGCCGCCAAGCAUCAGUCCCGGCCCAUCAAGGAUGAUCGGAAUGUUCUUCAGCUUAUCUCAGCUGGCACUCAGGUGGCCAAGAUUCUCAAGGAUGCCAAUGCCAUGGAAUUCCUUGACCGCCUCUAUCUUGAUACAGAAAAACGCAUCCAUGAUCGACGCAGCCGUCGCGUCAAAUUUGCCAGCCCAUGAACUAGGGUAUUUGCCAGCCUUUGCCUAAAUUAUGAUGAUGAUGAUUUGAGUUAUGGCCACACGAUCCUGCCUUCCCAUGGACCAAGUGCAGACCGCCAUGCUCCUUUUUUUGUGGUUUACCCCUCCGCACCUCUGGACGGUUGUUCCCAGGAAGGAGACUUCCCAAGGAGGACAAACAGUGCCCGUGGAAUAUCCGGAUUACCCGUCCAUUGUUUAAGCGGA